CUGCUGGCACCGCUGGGCAGUGAGGGCGGGGUGGCGGCGGGAAGACGCCCAGGGCAGGUCGCGGUGGCCCGGUGUCCAGCGGGGCGGAUGAGGACGUGCCAGGGUGGCCAGUGAGCUCAGGGACAGCGCCCUGCGGACUCGGAGCUACCGCCGCCCUGGGCUAAGUUACCACGUUGGACCACCGACCCUGGGCCCCACCCCACCGCUGCCCCAGCAGUGGGUUUUCGCCGAUUAGAGAGAGGGGGUGGUCCAGAAGGCUCCAAAGGAAUGAAGCGGGUGCACGCGGCGGAGCUUGUUCUGAGCAAGGGUGUAGGGCUAGGGAUUGCAUCGGCGAAAGCGGGGCGCACACCUAUUCCCUCACCUGGUCAGGUGUGCGCCCGCUGGGCGGGUCUCGUCGGGGGAGGCGUGCCAAGGAGAACGCCUUCCUCUUCCUGGGGCGGUGUGAGGAGCUCGGGCACGGAGCGGAGCGGCGGGCAGCAUGAAUAACCCUAUACCUUCUAAUCUGAAAUCAGAAGCAAAGAAGGCUGCCAAAAUAUUAAGAGAAUUCACAGAAAUAACUUCCAGAAAUGGACCUGACAAGAUAAUUCCUGCCCAUGUGAUCGCAAAAGCAAAAGGUCUUGCCGUUUUGUCUGUGAUUAAAGCUGGGUUUCUGGUGACAGCCAGGGGAGGCAGCGGGAUUGUGCUGGCACGCCUUCCAGAUGGAAAAUGGUCUGCACCUUCAGCCAUUGGGAUAGCUGGGCUUGGUGGAGGAUUUGAAAUAGGAAUAGAGGUAUCGGAUUUGGUGAUAAUUCUGAAUUAUGACAGAGCAGUAGAAGCCUUUGCAAAGGGUGGAAACCUGACACUUGGAGGGAAUUUUACUGUAGCAGUUGGGCCGUUAGGCAGGAACCUGGAAGGAAACGUGGCCCUGAGGAGCUCCGCGGCCGUCUUCACUUACUGCAAAUCCCGGGGCCUCUUUGCUGGCAUUUCCCUGGAAGGCAGCUGUUUGAUCGAAAGGAAAGAAACUAACCGGAAAUUUUACUGUCAAGACAUUCGAGCCUAUGACAUUUUAUUUGGAGAUGUUCCACGGCCUGCUCAAGCAGGAGAUCUUUAUGAAAUUCUUGAUUCCUUUACUGAAAAGUAUGAAAGUGAAGGACAACGCAUCAAUUUGAGAAAAGUAGCACGGGAGCAGAGAAAGGCUAAAGAAUUACCCCCAAAACCAUCAUCAAGACCACAGCAACACCUGCCACCUGUCCAGCCGAAUGCUGGCUCCCAGAGCAAUGGAAACGAAUAUAAACUAUAUCCCGAGCUUUCUAACUAUCAUGAGAAAACCGGUGGCUUGAAUCAGCCAGUGGAAGUGACGGCGUUAUACUCGUUUGAAGGGCAGCAGCCAGGGGACUUGAAGUUUCAAGCUGGAGACAGAAUCACAGUUAUAUCAAAGACUGAUUCACAUUUUGAUUGGUGGGAAGGAAGACUUCGAGGUCAAACUGGAAUUUUCCCGGCCAACUAUGUAACUAUGAAUUAAAGUUCAUGCUAUUUUGUUAUUUGAUAAUUCCACAAAAAUAUUUCUACACAGACAGGAUUCACUAUUUACAGUAAACAGUAAGCUGUUUAAACACAUCCUUGUUCUGCAAAUGUUUUAUCCAGUUGUAAAAAAGAUUUUUUCUCUGCAUAUAAAUAAAUGAUUAAAUUAA